AGCGGCGCAAGGGGGGAGCUGGGAGCACAGCGACGGCCUGGCUCGCAGCUUAUCGCGCGAAUAUGUCAGUCGCGAGCAAUCGAGUUUUUGGCAUUGCGGGCCGUAAAAAAGCGCGAGGUACGAAGAUGCAAACUGGGGCGUGCCCUGUCUGACGGCAUUUGUUCGUAGACAUCAACGCUUGAUCAAAGAAAACUCAUUUGCAUCGACACUGUCAAGCUGUCUGCUAGCGAGUCUCACAUCGGAUGAGACGCACCCAAACUCAACGCUCUGACUUCUAGUCUCACCCUGCUUUAGUAGGUGAGGUUUUACACCCAUACCGUCGGCAGCUGUUGAAGGCGUUGCAAGUCGAGUCCCGGCACACCGCGUUUCUCCUCAGUUGUGCUAAGCUUGCUGGUGUACUCGCACUAAGACCUGUCAGCUACAUAGUAUGCUGCGGCAAUAGCUGGUGAAUCAAGGACGGUGCGUGGCGCAGUACUUUCUGAUUCCCCACAUAACGAUGGCCCAAGAGGGGCUGGAUAUGUCGACACAUGGAAGCAAGCUUGGUCGACUCAUGGACCGGGUAGAUAGCGCUGGGUGCGAGAGUUUCCACGUGCUGCCAGCACUCUCAUCGCCGCUCAUCCGGCACGUUUCCUCGCCAGCUGCGUUUCUACUGGUGGCAUCCGAAUCAAAUGUAGCCUUGCCUGGCUGUGAUCGCUCGGGCCCAUCGUCAUUCGCCCAUAUUCGGCACUACAAUGCCCAGAAGACAAAACCCUCGCCUCAGCUGCCGGGACUGCUGGGAUUGUCCACCAGCCAACGUGCGGCCAGUAGUGACCUGCCUCCGCAAUCGUGGCUGCUUGACGGCCCGGCGGGCGCCCCCAGCGCGCCGUUGCCGCCGCGCUCUGGCGCGGCUGUUUCCGCUGCUGCCCCCGCCGGCUCCCGGAGCCAACCCCAGCCACUCCACACACACCAAUUCGUGUUUCAAGGCGAGCCCGGCUCCCCCGCUACUUCAGAGGAACGCUGCUUCCUGGCUGCGAGUGCCAAUGUGCACAGCGGCAGCGGCGCAGGCAGAAACGUUAUUCUUGCAGCAGCCGGCACCCGCGCGGCGCCAAUGGCCUGGUUUCGUGUCAACACCGCAGUCGCGGCAGCCAACGUCUCCUCCGCCUGCUCAUCAACGGGCGCCCUGCCCUUCACCAUCACCACCACCGCCACCACGCUCGCGCCGCCCGGAGACGUGAACACAGACGAGAUGGUGGAGGAGUUGUUCCGAGAGCACGAGCAGGAGGCGGCGGCGGCGCUGCAGAGGCAGCAGCGGCAGAUGCAGCAGGCAGCGGCCAACCUGCGCUCCGCACUCACCCAGCUGCCGCUGCAACAGCAGCAUCACCCAGGGAACCAUCGACAGGAACAACAGCAGCAGCAGCAGCAGCAGCGGGCGCGCCGGUCCGCCUCGGGCGCCGUCGACGACUGCUUUGGCGGCGUGCUGGCGCUGGCCGGGAUGCAGUCCGCCGCGGCUGGUGCCGGCGCCGCCACCAACGCGGUCGCUUCGGGCGGCGUAUGCAGCAGCGGCUGGUCUUGGAUGAGCCCUGCGGCCGAUGACGGCACCGCCACUUACAACAGCAACAGCAGCAACCUGUCGUCACUGCUGGGGCCGGCCAGCGGUACCUUUGCUGGCGGUGGCGGCGCGGGCCCCAACAGCGCCGGCGCGCUGACGCUGCAGUUUGACAUCACGCGCCUCGCGCUGUCUGGCGGCGGCGGCAGCGGCGGCGGCGGCGGCGGCGGCGGCUCGGGCCCCGGCACUCGCCCCGCCUCCGCGCCCGACAUGCCCCUGCCGGUGUGGAGCCCUCGCGCGGCGGCGCAGGCUCAGCCGUGCGUCGCAUCGGCGUCGCAUGCGACGUGGGCAGAUGCCGACAAUGACGAUGUUGACCUGACGGCGGGUGGUGCGACGCUGGAUGAGCCAACACUGGCGCCCGCGACGCUUUGUGCGCUGAUCGCGGAGGUCGGCGGCGGCAGCUCCGACGCCGGCGGCGCCGCCGAUGUGGGCAGCUGUAAUGCCGGCGGCGGCGGCAUGUUGGUGCUCGACACGGAGCACGCCGGCGGCGCGGGCGCGGCGGCGGGUGCCGGCGGAGGCGGGGUUGUCGGGCCUAACAUGGCAAGCGUGACCCUGGCCGGCGCUGGUGGCGCGCCUGUUGCACCCGUCACACGCGACUUGGGGGACGUGCCCUCAAUUCUUGCACCGAGUGGCUCCCACGCCGCCUUCAUUUCUCCAAAAUUUACCACAGCGGUGGCGCCCGCUGCCGCAGCCUCGCCGCCAUUCGCUGAGCGCCGCAUCGCGCGCGGCAGUAGCAGCGGACCUGCGACCGCGCCGGUAGCCUUCGCAGCAGCUUACCAAGGCCUUUCCAACGCGGCGCCCAGCCGUGAUGACAAUAAUAGCAACCUUGCCGAUGCGGCCGCGGCGGCCGGGGGCGUUGACGCUAUGGAUGUUGACUUCGGUGGUCGCGCCACACGUGCCCGCACCUGCUUACGGGGCGCGGCACAGGCGGUGGCGCUGCCGCCACUGCUGUCUCCUCGCCCCGACAGCGGCUGCCUGCCAGGCACGGCGCUUGCUGCCGCUGCAGCCAAGCCCGCCGCCUCAGCUGCCGCAGCCGCAGGCGGCAGCACCGCGCCGGCGCCAGCCCUCUCGAGUGGAAGCGGCAGCGGCAGGGGCAGUGGCAGCAGGGGUGCCAACGGCUGCCAGUUGGGCUUCGUUGCCGCCGCCGCCGCUGCCGCCGCACUGCCAGCUGCUGUAGUCAAGCUGGAGGGGGACGCGGCCGGCGGCUCUGGCGUUGUGGGCUGGGCCCGUGGCGCCGCCGCAGCCUUGGGCGUCAAAGCUGAUGAGGGGCUCGUGAAGGCCGAAGGGCUGGUUGCGGACUUGACGGCCGGCAAGGGCAAUGGUGGUGAGGGCGACGACGACGUCGAGCUGAACACGCUGCUGGCUGCGCGCUUCAAGCGCCGGCCGGGCCGCGUGCCCAAGGUGUUCGCCAAGCUGGGGCCUAUCGCCGACCUCGCAAAGAACGCCGCCGCGGGCAAGGUGCAGCUGCCCAAGGAGCAGCUUCGGGAGCUCGUGGUGACGGUGGAGAGCAGUCUGGCCCAGGCGCACACGGAAGCCAAGGAAGACUGCCGCGCCCGCAACCGCGUGGCGCAGCAGCGCUUCCGCAGUCGCCAGAGGGAGGCGAUUGCGGCACUGCAGUCCAAGGUGGAGGAGCAGGAGCAAAUUAUUGCGGAGCUACAAAACCGCAUCAAGCUGCACGAACAACAGAAGCAGCAACGUGCGGGCCUGCUGGCGGAGCAGCAACAGCAACAGUAACAGCAGCAACAGCAGCGCUAGGGCUGUCAUAAGCAGCUGCAGGUGCGGCAGCGGUGGCGGCGGCGGGGGCAGGGGUCGUAGCACUGUUUGCAGCGUCGACGAUUUCCGGAACGAACGAUGACGCCGGUUGUAGAGGCGGGUUCGUGGUGAUGUGGGAAAGCCAUUGUGUACGGAUGGGAACGUGCAGACCCCUGCUGUACCAAUGCGGCAAGUCGCGCAACCUCGAACGUCAGCUGGGGCAUUCUUUGUUUGGAAUGAUUACAAUUGCAGCCGUUGCAGACUAUUCAUCUUCGAACGCAUGCUUUCGGCGGGACAAGCGGCGGGUGUGAUCAAUGGGGUUCUUCCUCCAGCCGGCCGGAUAGGAUAUUGAACGGCGCGCGGUCGCACUUUUUGCUGACACGCCGCAUCAGAUAAGCAUGUGUGCAUACUUGAGGUGACAGCUGUGCUGCGGCAGGCCCCACCAUUACGGGGCAUGUUCCGAGUGGCCUCACCAGAAAGGGCAAGUCGCAUUUAUCUAAUUGCAAGGACUCAUGAUAACAAUCAGGGCAAGGGAAAAGUGGGCUGAGCUAAAUAAGGAAAAGCCGCGUGCUGCUGCGGCCGUGUGCUAAAGUUUUGGUGAUUCAUAGAGCAGGGCUGGUCAAUAGCCCAAGUAUUUCUGUAAGCCCCGGGGAAGCACCUCCGCAACAGAGCUCCUUGUGGCGCCGGCGGAAGAUCUGGGUAUUGUGGGGAUAGUGGUGACAGGAUGCGCGCACAGUUGGCACCCGGGGUCCGGGCGGCCACAAUGCGAGCUUGUUCAACGAGUGUUGCCUCCGUGUGUAGAGGAGCGGCGGAGUGGUCGCGGCCAUGCUACCGGGACCCUGUGCGGCUUCAGGCUGUAGCGCUUGGCUGCCGUAGUUGUUUGUGCAUUUUGCUUAGGGUGUAUUGCUUAGUAAUGUUAGUAUCUAUGCUUGGAUACUGUCCGGGGCUGAGACUUGCCCUUCCAAAGCUAGCGUCACGGGGGUGCCGUGUGAGUGCUGUGUUCCGGACACACGCGUGUUCGUUCACUUCCCUGCUCUGCGCGUUUGCUAUGGAACUGGUGCGUGUGCCGCGUGCUUGUUGCGGUGGGCUCUUGUGUGCGCCUUUCGGUGUUAGUAAACACGAAGAUGGGAAACGGCGCCUUUCGGUGUGCGUGUCACAAGGCCGCCUCGGUGAUUUCUGCGCCGGUGAGACCACUGGCGAUAUUUUCGGACUGGGACGUGCAUGAUCGCCGCUCGGAGCAUGUGGCCGCUUGGCGUAUCAAUACGUCCGAGGGCGCGGACGCUGCGCGGACGCUGGGUUGUUUCUUUUUAAGCCAUCAUUCAUCAACUUAAAAUGCCGCUUACCUCGUAAGCAGCUUGCAAGGCAGGCUUGUUAAUCCUGAUGACCAAUACGCUCAAAGAUGCAUUUUGCAACCAACUGCAUGAGUUGUGUGCUGGGGGAGAUAAUAACACGCUGGUGUUAAAAGGGAUCUACGGGUCAGUGCGUGGAGGAUACGGGUGAUGUGCGUGCCGUGCCAGUUUCACUGCCGGCGGAGGGUUUCAGUGCCUGUGUGCUGCUACCAACUGCUUUUGGGGAUUUUAAUCCUGAAUAACAACAAGGUAUCGAAUACCGUGUUGCUACGCUGCAGCUCUAGACGUGCAGGGGAAAGAGCAAGGGAUUGGGUAUGUAUGAUGGAGGAAGGCGCUGCGGGGGUUGCCAACCGGGCGUGUGUCGGACCUGCGGCCGCAGGAACCCAGAGGGCUGGACACACGUCUGUGCGGUGGGCACACGUAUGGGGCGAGGCAAAUAGCGCAAAGGGUUAGCCGCUAGCGCUUUGCCUAAUUUUCGAAUUGUUCCAACCUAUAUUUGCUCAACGGAUGCUGUGGAGUACGGUACAUGGACUGCGCGUACCCGAAGGAAGGAUUGGAGCCGUUCAACCUCUCAACCUGCAAGUCAUCCAGCACCAGGUGGGCAGACGGAAUGUGGCGGGGGCGCGGAGGGUGAGCGCGUGGCGCAUCUUCUCAGGCUGCUCCUGUGCGUGCGGUGUUUGGCCUUUGUUGGUAAUAUUUGUGUGAGGUCUGGAUCAGGUUGUGGGCAGCCAGACGGCUGUUGGGCCGCCAACUGCCCUCGCCCAGGAGCCUGCUGACGGCCAGGCUGUCAGCUGAGGGCCCGUGCUAUCCCCGGUGUCAGCAGCUGCUGCUGGGCAGCUGCUGCUGUGGGGAAUCGGCACACCGUCCGGCACGGUUGUGUCGUGCGUUGUAGGUGGCCGUAGUAGUUGUGUGGAUGUGGAUAUGGCUCUGACGCCUAGUUACCGUUCAGUGCUGCGCGCGAGUAGUGCGGGCGAGUAUUGCGUGUGAGCGCUUGUGGUUGUAAGGGCAGUGCCGU